AUGGUCAAGAUUAAGAGCAUUGAAUACUUUCGAGUACUACCUCGUUGGUUGUUUGUCAAGAUUACUGACGAAGAGAAUCAAUAUGGAUGGGGUGAAAGUACCUUAGAAGGACACACAGAGGCCGUGGAGGGCACACUCAAUGCCCUCUGUAAACGAUUUGAGGGCUAUGAAGCCGAUGAUAUCGAACACAUUUGGCAAAUGGCAUGGCGUCUUGGCUUCUACCGGGGUGGUCCUGUCUUUAUGUCUGCUAUCUCUGGCAUUGAUAUUGCCCUCUGGGAUCUAAAGGGCCGACGCCUCGGAGUCCCCGUGCAUCAGCUGAUAGGAGGCAAAGUUCGCAGCAAGCUCUCUGUCUACGCUUGGAUUGGAGGUGACCGUCCCUCAGACGUCGAAGCUGCCGGGAGAGCCCGGCUAGCGCAGGGGUUCAAGGCCAUCAAGAUGAACGCCACGGAAGAUGUCAAUUGGCUCGAUUCGCCAAGUGUUCUAGAAUCAAGCGUGGAACGUCUUAAGGCAGUCAAAGCCCUAGGAUUGGAUGCUGCUGUUGACUUCCACGGACGUCUUCAUAAACCGAUGGCCAAGCAGUUGGCUAAGGCCCUUGAGCCACACCAUCCGCUUUUCAUUGAGGAGCCGCUCCUCUCUGAACACCCGGAGGCCAUUAAACAGCUAUCUGAUCAGGUCUCUUGCCCCAUAGCUCUGGGUGAGCGGCUCUUCAGUCGGUGGGACGUCAAGCGUUUCCUAGAAGAUGGUAGUGUCGAUGUCCUCCAACCUGAUAUCAGUCACUGUGGUGGUAUCUCUGAGCUUCGCCGAAUUGCUUCUAUGGCAGAAACCUACGAUGUCGCUAUUGCGCCCCACUGUCCCCUGGGCCCUAUAGCUCUGGCUGCUUGUAUGCAAGUCGAUCUUGCAACCCCUAACUUUGUUAUCCAAGAAAUGAGCAUUGGAAUGCACUAUAACACGGAGGCUGGCGAGUAUGAUAUUACUAGCUAUGUCAAAGAUCCGUCAGUUUUCAAUGUGAAGGAUGGGUUUGUUGAUGCACUGAUCGCUCCUGGUAUUGGAAUUGAAGUGGAUGAGGAGGUUGUGCGUCGAGCUUCGCAAAAUACCCAGCCCUGGCUGCCGAAGGAAUUUUUUGGGCCAGAUGGUUCUAUUCGGGAAUGGUAG